UGCGGUGUGUACGUGUAGGCGCUUACAACUUCUCUAAACAUGCAACGUCUUGUGGCAAAACGCAGCUACGGCUUUGUGCUUAGGUGGCAACAACGUACGCUGGCCAGCACGCCCGUUGAGGAUGUGCUCUUUCCCACCAAAUCUGACUUUCCCAGUCGGCAUAUAGGUCCACGAAAAACGGAUGUGGUUGCUAUGCUGGACACGCUGGGCUUCAAGUCACUGGCGGAGUUAACCGAGAAGGCUGUGCCCCAAACCAUACAACUCAAGCGUGAUCUGUCGCUGGACAAGCCCCUUAAUGAGCAUGAGCUGAUACGACGCAUACGUGAUAUUUCACUCAAGAAUCAGCUGUGGCGCUCGUAUAUUGGCAUGGGCUAUCACAACUGCCACGUGCCACAUACCAUUGUGCGCAACAUCUUUGAGAAUCCUGGCUGGACAACACAGUAUACGCCGUAUCAGCCGGAAAUCGCUCAGGGUCGUCUGGAAUCGCUGCUCAACUACCAGACGCUCGUCUCUGAGUUAACCGGCUUGGACGUGGCAAAUGCGUCACUGCUAGAUGAAGGCACCGCUGCCGCAGAGGCCAUGUGCCUGGCCACGCGCCACAAUAAGCGUAAGAAGCUCUACCUGUCCAACAAGGUGCAUCCGCAAACGUUGUCCGUAGUGCAGACGCGCGCUGAUGCCUUGGAGCUGGAGAUUGUUGUCGGGCCCAUUGAGCAGGCGGAUUUGCCCAGCCGUGAGCUGGCUGGCAUACUUCUCCAGUAUCCGGAUACCUAUGGUGAUGUCAAGGAUUUCGAAGAUAUAGCUGCACUGGCGCGCAAAAAUGGCACUCUAGUUGUGGUAGCUACAGAUCUGCUGUCCCUCACGUUGCUGCGUCCGCCCGCUGAAUUUGGCGCAGAUAUAGCCAUAGGCACGUCGCAGCGUCUGGGUGUGCCACUGGGCUAUGGUGGCCCACACGCAGGAUUCUUUGCCUGCAAACAGAAUCUGGUUCGUCUGAUGCCGGGCCGCAUGAUUGGCGUUACGCGCGACAUGGACGGGAAUGAUGCCUAUCGGUUGGCGCUGCAAACACGCGAGCAACAUAUACGCCGUGACAAGGCCACCAGCAACAUUUGCACGGCGCAGGCCUUGCUGGCUAAUAUGUCAGCAAUGUAUGCUAUAUACCAUGGACCCGAAGGACUCAAAGCCAUUGCCAAUCGCAUACAUCACUUUGCGCUCACUCUGCAGACGGGUCUGCUGGAGGCGGGGCACGAGUUAGUCAACAAGAAUUUCUUUGAUACGCUGCGUGUGCGCUUGUCGGCGGAUAUGACGCUGGACGAGCUGAAGGAACGUGCUGAGCACAAGCGCAUUAAUUUCCGUUAUAUGACAGAUGGCACAGUGGGCGUGGCGCUGGAUGAAACCGUCAGCGUUGCGGAUGUUGAUGAUUUGUUGUGGUGCUUCAAGGCGCAGACAAAUGUGGAGCAGCUACUGGCACGCAAGGAUGUGCUUAAGCACUCCAUUGAGAACUCCAAAUUCCUGCGCACCUCGCCCUAUCUGCAGCAUCCCAUCUUCAACAGUUAUCACAGCGAAUCUCGCAUGGUGCGUUAUAUGAAGCAGCUGGAGAACAAGGACAUUUCCUUGGUGCACUCCAUGAUACCACUGGGCAGCUGCACCAUGAAACUCAACUCUACCACCGAGAUGAUGCCCUGCUCCUUCCGCCACUUCACUGAUAUACAUCCAUUUGCACCCGUCGAACAGGCUCAGGGCUUUCAUCAGAUGUUCAACGAGCUGGAGCGCGAUCUCUGCGAGAUUACUGGCUAUGACAAGAUCUCGUUCCAGCCUAAUUCUGGCGCACAGGGCGAGUACGCCGGCUUGCGUGCCAUUAGAAGCUAUCACGAGCAUCGCAAUGAGGCUCAUCGCAACAUUUGUCUUAUUCCCAUUUCUGCUCACGGCACUAAUCCCGCCUCGGCGCAGAUGGCCGGAAUGAAGGUGGAGCCCAUUCGCAUUCUAUCCAACGGCUCCAUUGACAUGGCGCAUCUACGUGACAAAGCAGAGGAGCAUGCUCGCGAGCUGUCCUGUCUAAUGAUCACGUACCCGUCUACAAUGGGCGUGUUUGAGGAAACCGUUGCGGACAUUUGCACGCUGGUUCACAAGCAUGGUGGACAGGUGUAUCUGGAUGGUGCCAAUAUGAACGCACAGGUGGGUCUUUGCCGCCCUGGUGACUACGGCAGUGAUGUCUCGCACUUAAAUCUUCACAAGACCUUCUGCAUACCACACGGCGGAGGUGGACCUGGAAUGGGUCCAAUUGGUGUCAAGGCGCAUUUGGCUCCCUAUUUACCUGGACACCCGGUUAUCAGUCCGUUGAGCAGCGAGGAGCACAGCUUUGGUGUUGUCUCGGCUGCACCUUUCGGCAGCUCCGCCAUUUUGCCCAUCUCCUGGUCUUACAUCAAGCUCAUGGGCAGUCGCGGGCUGAAGCGCGCAACUCAGGUGGCCAUACUGAAUGCUAAUUACAUGUCCAAGCGUCUAGAGCAGCACUACAAGACGCUCUACAAGGCACCCAACUCCCAGUUGGUGGCCCAUGAGUUCAUACUGGAUAUACGCGAUCUUAAGAAGACAGCCAACAUUGAAGCAGUGGAUGUGGCCAAGCGUUUAAUGGACUACGGCUUCCAUGCACCUACAAUGUCCUGGCCCGUGGCAGGCACACUUAUGAUUGAACCCACUGAGUCCGAGGAUAAAGAGGAACUGGAUCGCUUUUGUGAUGCCAUGAUCUCCAUACGCGAAGAGAUUGCGGAUAUCGAAGAAGGACGCAUGGAUAAAACCGUUAAUCCUCUUAAAAUGGCGCCGCAUACACAGGCCCAAGUCAUUUCGGACAAGUGGAAUCGCCCCUACUCCCGCCAACAAGCCGCCUUCCCAGCUCUGUUUGUUAAGCACGACUCCAAGAUUUGGCCCACUGUUGGCAGAAUCGAUGAUGCCUAUGGCGACAAGCAUUUAGUUUGCACCUGCCCACCUAUCUUGCCUGCUUUGUAAAUGAGUGUGCAAAAGCCCACAGAUAUACAAAAAAUGCCUAACAUAUUUUAAACUUUUUUAAAU